AUGAACCUCAAGAAGAUUCUCCAGGCCGGUUUAGGGUUCGUCAUCAUCCUCGUUAUAUUCGUCUUCGUUAGAGAACUCGCCCGCGAAACAGCCAUCCACCCAUCUCACUCUCCCGCCAAUGCUAACCGCAAGGAGGCUCCUCAUGAGAUUAUAGAGCAACUUAAAGAGCAGGUUGCGGGCCGCGAGGCGGAAAAUACGGAGAUGCAAGAUCUGGAGAAGGAGAUCCAGCGGCUGAAACAGGACAUCAGGGUUCUAUCGAUCGGCGGAGGGCUUCCGACCGGAGCGCACUUAACGGCGACGGAUUUAAAGACUGCAGCAGAUGUGGGGGUAGACGCCACUGCCAUAUGCGAGCAGCAGCUAUCUCACUGGUCGGCAGCACCCGCGGGUGGUGCAGGGGGAGCGGGGGGAGCGGCGGAAGGGGGUUCCAGCACCGUUCCGCCAGUCUCCCCCGCGGUGGCGGAGCUUCAGCGGAAGCUGGCGGAUCUACGGACGACGUACGAUGCGAUGAUGAUCGACAAGCGCAAUCUGACGGCUGAGCUCGCCCGGCUGUCCCACAACGGCACGUGCGGGCCGCUGGUCAAUCUGACCAUGGUGGAGGGCGCGGCUCGGGACCUAGCUUCGGAUUGCGCGGAUGCUGCUAAGAAGCAGACGGAAGCGGAAAUGCAGAUAGUAACCGGGGGAGCUGGGGGAGCCGGCGAAGGGGGAGGGGGAGGGGGAGGGGGAGGGGGAGGGGGAGGGGGAGGAGAAGCCGAAAAGGAUUUGUCUCCAAAUGAGAAAAAGCUAAUGUCAUUUCGGACGUGUAACGGAUCGGAUGAGGAGUUACAAGUGUACAUGAAUUACACUGCCAGACAGGCGUGCCCUGACGACUGGUUACUGGCUCAACGGCUCAUGUUUGAAAAGAAUUGCUUCUGUUUGCCCCGCCGCCUCUGCUUCGCAGCCACUCCACCGCAUUACACCGAACCCCACCUUGGCCCUCCGGGUUCUCUUUUCAAUCAGGAGAUGCUGCGAGAUGAGAAUGUGCGGUGGGGAUUGCACGAGUGUAUAUCGUACGCGUGUGUGAAUUCACGGGAGAAGGGGGAGUGCAGGAAUUGUUUUAACAUGAGUUUGGAGGUGAAGCGCUGGCAGACACCGUACCUGGGUACCAUACCUGUGGCGCAGGUCUGGCAGCUCAAGCCGCCCGGCUCGCUUCGGAUCGGGCUGGAUGUGGGUGGAGGUUCGGGGAGUUUUGCAGCUCACAUGGCCCGUUACAACGUAACCAUCCUUACAACUUCGAUGAAUAAGGAAUUCAUUGAAGGUGUAGAUGGGGGGCUGCCUUAUAUGGAGACUAUUGCUUUGAGAGGAUUGGUGCCGCUUCACGUCCCCACUAAAGCCCGGCAACCGUUUUUCGACAACACCCUCGAUAUAAUACACUCGGCUCAAAGCGUCCGUUACUUUUCAGUUUCAGAACUGGAGGAGCUGAUGUUCGAGUGGCACCGGAUUCUUCGGCCGGGCGGCAUUAUUUGGUUUGAGCUGCUGGCCGCUCCUACAAGCAAGAUGAAGCAGUAUAUAGUGGUGAUUAACAUGUUCAAGUAUAAGCAGCUGUACUGGGAUCUUGCGCCUGUGGAUGAUCCGAAGAAGAGCAAGACCCAUGUCUACUUGAACUGUGUAUUGGAGAAGCCUAGGAAGUCAUAG